AUGGCUUCCCCGGGUCCGCAAGUAAAACAGCAGAUUUCACAGCUUGUUUAUGCGGAAGUCGUAGUUUCUUUUGCGACAGCCAUUGGGCUUCUUGUUUUGACGGUAGUGCAGCUUCUCUACCGUACGACACGCCGCGCCCGACGGCUUUGGAGGACUGAGAACCAAGUUAGGUUUGACGGGGCGCAUUUUUUGAGCAAACCGAUAGGAAAUGCUGGACGAAAAAUAAUAGAAUUUGGCCUAAAAGAGCACGGAAACAAAGAGGUCAAACCGCCCUCUUUUGUUCUAACUGCAGUCGUUGCUAACGAUCGAGAUGUACGGGCAGAUUGCCUCUCUAUGCUUGCAGAAACGCGGCAAAUUUUUCACAAGCAAUAUGGUGACUCAGCAUGCUUAAUGUCUAUGCGAUGUUGUUUGUCUUGCUUUGAAAAUGCGUUACCACCUAGUCAAACGGAGGAUUUUCUGCGCCUUUAUGAAAAUGUUUUAUUUGGUCAACAUAGAGUUGAUGGAAUUUCUGAUACUCUUACCAAUGAUGAUAUCAAGUUUUUGUAUGCUUUUUUUCAUAAUACAAUACUGAAGGAGA